GUGACGGACGCUUACUGCGGAAGUGCCUCAUGGAAAGUGGGGGGCGUUUCGUCGGGCGGACAAGCCGGGCUUCUCUGGGUGCCUCGUUGUCUUGAGGCACAGGAUGUGGCGGAGGGGCUCCAUUGCUGGGCUUCUGGGCCUGGGCCCCCGCGGAAGAGGUGCCCUCUGGCUGGACAGUAAGGCACAUAAAUUAUUGGGCACCAGCUCUGUCUUUUGUACCAAGGAAGAUGAACCAUCCAACAGUGUGGAUGCAAAGACUUUACCAGACCAGGAGAAGAAGGCAACAGCGACUGCAAAGAAGAAUUUGUUAAACAUCAUUAGUGGAAUGCAAGUAGAAAUAAGUUCAAAGAAAAAGUUCCAGAUGCUGAAAGCUGAGAAGACUGAGACCCAAGUGAAGGAUUUGCCAAGGAAUAUGGAAAGUGCAAGUAGCAUGUUCCAGAAAGCAACAGAAGAGAAAGCAAAGAGCAAGGAACUCAAUCCAGAGCUGGUAGCAGCAGCCUCUGCAGUUGCAUCUUCGCUGCCUUUUGACAGAAAAAAGACAGUUUCGGAAUUGGUUCAGUUGCUGAAGAAGCACAAGGACGUCACUGACACACGCAAAAAUGGAGAUGCCACUGACAUAAGCAACAUCGUUACAAAUAUGAAGAUUGGGAAAAAGCCAUCAACACGGGAUGCUUUUAGGGCUUCCAAUCAAAUUCAGUUUGACGAUGACGGGCGAGGUUAUACAGUUGAUAGAAGUCUUCGUGAUUACAGUAAAUUCAAAAGAAAAGGCAUAUAUUCUGGAAAAAGAUUCAACAUCUUCCCUCCUGCUUCAGAAACAGAAGGAGCACUGGAAAAAGUGUCAACACCAACACUUUGGGAUCUGGAACUUGCCAAAGAAAUAGAAGCAAUUACUCAGCAACCCCCUCUGAAUGCUUUUGAGGAGAUGAUACAGUGGACAAAAGAAGAGAAACUUUGGGAGUUCCCAAUUAACAACGAAGCCGGGCUUGAAGAUGAUGCUGAAUUUUAUGAGCAUAUAUUUAUGGAUAAACAUUUGGAAAACUUCCCCAGGGAAGGACCAAUCCGCCACUUUAUGGAACUUGUGACUUGUGGGCUUUCCAAAAAUCCAUACCUAAGUGUUAAAGAAAAGGUGGAACACAUUGAAUGGUUUCGGGAUUACUUUAAGGAAAAGGAAGAGUUGCUCAAGGAAAUAGAAGCGCAUGAAAAGGAAAUGUUGAUCCAGAGAGAGAACCUAUCCAAGUGAAAACUGUUUUGAAAAAUAAUACUACAGCGGCUCUGUGUAAAUG